UUUUAUGCAGCGUAAGCAUAAAAAUUUAGCUCAGUCUCAGCCUGAAACAGGAAACUGAAGCAAUUUCAGUUCUAUUAUCAAGAAAACUGAGUAACUUUGGAAUAUAAUGGAAGUGGACUGAAGUCCACUAACUGAGUUUUUUAGUGCGUGAAAGAUGAUUUAAAAAGGAAUUUAUCUUCAUGAACACAACCACAACGAGUUAACUAUGGAAUGAAACGUGAUGUCUGGAAAAUCCAGUGAAUCGAAAGAUAUUCCAUUGAUAGUGGUAUCUAGUCGCCUGCCUUACCAGAUACCAGCAAGUCAUGACACCCAAAGUAAUAAAAAAUUGACCAAAAGUGUUUCUGGGCUUGUCACAGCACUUGAAGGUCUAUCAGAAGAGUCUUUAUGGAUAGGAGGAGUUAUAAAAGAUGACGUGGAAGAAUUCAAAGAACAUCUACCUGCAGGAGAAAACCAGAAAAUUGAGCUACAUCCCGUACCGAUCGAAUCGACAAUAUAUAAUAAACACAAGAAAUGGUGCAAUGUUAUACUAUGGUUUGUCUUUCAUGGGAUGAUGCUGUCAUAUGUGAAGAAAAUUGCUGAUGAAUGUCACGAUUACUGGGAGAGUUACAAAAAAGUAAAUCAAGUGUAUGCCGAAUCAAUCAAAGAACAGUUGUCAAAACAAGUUAAGAACGCAAUAGUUUGGAUUCAUGAUUAUCACCUUUUCCUUGUCCCCAAUUUGCUAAAACAGCUGCUAGCAGAAAAACCUCUAAAGAUACGUUAUAGAAUUGGUUUUUUUCUGCAUAUUCCUUUUCCGCCCGUAGAGACGUUUGAACAGAUUCCCAACUACCAGGAGAUUUUGGACGGCAUGCUAGGAUAUGAUUCCAUCGGAUUUCACACUCGAAAAUACAGGGACAACUUCCUAAAGUGUUGCGAGAAGCACAAGGGCUGCACAUUCAAACCUCUAACCGAUGACUCGUAUGAGCUGCAGCUUGGUCGUGAGGGGCGCAAGGUUCUUGUACAAGUUGUACCUGCAGGAAUAGUGUACAAGACGUUCUCGGAUCAAUCUAAAGAGGAAUUUUCUGAGAAAUUUCCAGAAGACUUAAAGACCUGGGUGAAUGAGUGCUCAAAGAAUCCAAAGACUCUUUUGAUAGGAGUAGAUCGAAUAGACCAUACCAAAGGUCUUCUACGAAAAGUUGACGCAUUUCAAGAGCUUCUCGAAAAACGUAAACUAAGCCACAAAGUAUUCUUUCUACAAAUAGCUGUUCCAUGCAGGGACACUGAACCCAAGUACGAAGAACUGAAAAAAGAAUUAAAGAAUCGUGUUGGAAACUUCAAAUAUCAAUCGAACAUUCGUCUCCAUCUUGAGAGUUUGUCCCAACAAGAUUUGUCUGUUUUGUACAAGAAAGCAGACGUUGCCUUGGUUACGCCCCUUAUUGACGGUUUAAAUUUGGUCGCUUUGGAGUACAUCGCCUGCCAACCAGCCGAGCCUGGGGUGCUUAUCCUGUCCAAGAAAACUGGUGCUGCAGAAUAUAUUCAUGAUGAUGAUGCUUUAAAGGUUGACCCUGAAAACGAACAGGAAAUGGAGGAAACCAUGUACCAAGCCAUCUCCAUGAAUUCGAAGGAACGUCGAGAAAGAAUGAAACGAUUACAACAUCAAGUACAAGAAAAGUUUAUUUCCGAGCGAUGGGUCCAAUUAAGUCUUAAACCGUUGAGAGAACGCGUUGAACACAUUGCAAAACUUUGAAACGUUUUAGUCUGGCUAUUUUAGAUUAUUAGUUUCUUUUACCAAUAUUCAGUGAGUUUUAAUCGUCACUAUGGAUUAUUAGGUCACCGAGUUUAAUUCAUUAUUAUAGGUUAUUGGCUUCACUAAGUUUUAAGUAUAGUUUAGUAAAUAAGCAGGAGUGUUUUAUCAGGUUUAAAACCACGAGGCGUAGCCAAGUGGUUUUGGACCUGAUAAAAAAAAGAUCUUCGAGUUUAUGGAACGACAUCAAAAAAUGAUGAAUAAUUAAUGAACAUCUAGGGUCCUUAUUCGAGACAUGCUCUUGUACUCUUUUGGUCCUUUAUAAAGAUUUCAAAAUCUUUAUAUAAAGAUAACCAUGUUGAACUAUUAUCAGUUAUAAAGAUCUAUGCACAUGAUGGAUUUGAAGGAUAUGAUAGGUCUAAAUGCUUAUUAAUUAUUCAUGAAGUUUGAAUCAUUAUUGAAGAUUAUUAGGUCACUGAGGUUUAAUCAUUAUUAUGGAUUAUUAGGUCACUGAAUUUCAAUCAUUAUUAUAGAUUAUUAGUUCACUGAAUUUUAAUCAUUAUUAUGGAUCAUUAGGUCACUGAAUUUCAAUCAUUAUUAUAGAUUAUUAGGUCAUUUUUAAUUAAUAUUAUAGAAGCUCGAUCUGGGGGACAAAACAAGAGUUCCGACCUCCUGGGAAUUGGAACCUAUUGUUUUUUCCCCCAGAUUGAGCAGCAUUCCAAAGUGCUGCAAGAGGUCUAUAGAUUAUAAGCUAGGGGUCAGUUUUAAUCAUUAGGUCCGUCAUUUAAGGUCUUAAAUCAAAAUUACUCAACUGCA